GAAACAAACCACUCCUACUCCUCACAUCAGAUUCGUCUCAUAUGCACUCCUCAAAAAGAUGAUGCCACUUAUAUGAAUGAACUUCUCCUCCCCUUAUAUUCCCUUCAUCCCAUCCAUUAAAUUCCAAAAAAUCAUCCCAACUCUCUUCAGAAAUUCCCAGCCAAACUCCCUCAAGAUGAACCAUCGACCACGCCAAGGCGAAGAGCUCCCAUGGGCUAAACCCCUCAGCAUAGAUCUCCUUCACAAAGUGCUCCAAGUAACUUUCCUGCACCCCUUCGUCGCCUGGAUGAUCCCCCUUUGUAUGCGCGCUCAAGCGAUGCCCUGGCAUCAUCAAGCCAUUCAGUAUUCCAUCGGCUAUGCUUCUCUCCUCACCAUGCUAUAUUUCCUUUCUAUCCUCAAUCGUCAAAUCGCAUACUCUAAAGCCAGAGAAGUAGAUUUGUCGGAAGAAGUGAUAGUGAUUACGGGUGGCGCAAGCGGAUUAGGAUUGUUGAUUGCAGAAGUAUAUGGAAUGCGCGGCGCGACGGUUGCGGUGCUAGAUGUGAGAGAUUUGGAGAGUGGAGAGGCGAGGGGAGUGAGUUAUUAUAAGUGUGAUGUUGGGAAUCGAGAGGAAGUCGCUAGAGUGGCUGUGGAGAUUGAACGAGAUCUCGGCACCCCUACAAUCCUCAUCAACAAUGCGGCGAUUGUAAAUGGCAAAUCGCUUCUGGAUCUAUCUCUCGAUGAAAUAGAACAGAAUUUCAAAGUAAACCUCCUAGGAAGUUUCUACACUCUCAAAGCCUUUCUCCCAGGUCUCGUCCGCGCCGGUCACGGUACCGUUGUAACCAUGUCCAGCGUCCUAGGCCACCUAGGAGCCGCCCAACUCAGUGACUACAGUGCCUCCAAAGCCGGUCUCAUUGCUUUGCACCAUUCUCUAACUGCAGAACUCAAAGCCUAUCCCAAUAUCAAAACGGUAUUGGUUGAGCCAGGCCAAUUAAGCACGCCGUUAUUUUCCGGGACUGUAACGCCGAAUAGUUUCUUCGCGCCGGUUUUGGAACCGGUCGAUGUAGCGAGGGAAAUUAUCGCGACGAUCGAUAAGGGAAGUAGUGCUGUGUUGGCUAUGCCGUUGUAUGCGAGAUGGGUUGGAUGGAUGGGAGUUUUGCCUGUGGGGGUGCAGGUGAUUGCUAGGAAACUUAGUGGGAUCGAUGGGGCGAUGAAGACAUUUGAGGGGAGGGGGGAGAGAAGUAAGGAGAAGGAAAGUUUGAUUUAGGUUAAGGGCUUUGAUGCUGGCAUCAGAUCUGUAUGGAUUGGGUAGGAGAGACAGAGGUAUAAUACGAAUGGAUGGGAUGGGACGAUUUAUAAUGGCAUCUAAAAAUCAUUACCCUGUGUUAUUACUAGGGCUUAUGAAAUGAUCACAUACGAUCUGAUGAAAUUUUAUAUCAAAUAAAAUACACACACACUAGUUAUUCCA